GUGGUAAAUUUGCCCGGCCCUGGAUCUCGGCUUCGAAAUACAUCAGACCAAAUAGCAGACGAUGAUCAGCGCAGUUUGACAAUACCAACUAUGCCGAAACGGAUUCUCCAGAUUCUACUGCUAAACUUCGGGAUCUUAUAAUUGAAUUUGUAGCAUAACCUGUUGUUCCAUCCACCUUUUAUAUGACUCCAAUGGUCGUGAUGCAUCACCGCAAUGGACAUUUGAGUGUCAACUUACUUUUAUUGCUUGGGAUAUUAUUUGUGGAUUGUCCAUCGGUGCUUACCGAGUUACGAGGCGGAUGGGCCGGGCGAGGAAGCAAGGUGGAGGAGACAAGAGCUCAUCCUUACAGAGCUCCAAGAGCUACCAAGAUCAACCAAGAUGUUCUCGAUCAGCAACUCUCAUCGUUAUCGGAUGUUAUGUUGGGGGAUGAUGGAACGCGAAAUCCUGGCAAGAUCUUGUUCUACCGACGUGGUUACACGGCUACUAUCAGGGAGGAUGCCAUUGUUGGAUCAACUGUUCUCACUUUACAAGCUUUCUUUAAAGAUCAACGGACUUCCGCAGAAGCUGCAAACAUCAUCUAUCAGACCAAGCAGAAGAAUAAAUCAAAAAAAUAUUCGGUAUUGCCGUUCGAAGUGAACAGAUCUACUGGAGAAUUGCGAGUAUCACGACCGCUUAUACCAGGGGCAUACACGAUCAACUUCCUUGGCUAUGCCCGAGACAAGAGACAACCAAAGAACAAAGCUAUCACCAAAGUCAAGAUCCGAGUCGUCAAUGUCGGUAACUUCCGCUUUCUUUCAAAAAGGUUUAACGGGAGUAUAGAGGAAAAUACUGUAGGUGAGGUUAAUGCAACAUUAAAAGUACGGAAUGCCAAGAAUGGCAUACCCGUUAGGUAUGCUCUAAGAAAUGUCACACCUGAUGACGGGUUUGGAUACUUCGGAAUCAAUGUCAGCACUGGAAAUGUGUGGGUGUUUCGCAGUUUAGACCGAGAGUAUCAAAGCCGCUAUGAACUCACUGUCGUAGCCAUCUGUGGCGAAGAGCAGGACGAAGCUAAUCUAGUUCUAAAUGUGUUAGAUGUGAACGAUAAUCCUCCUAGAUUCCCGUAUGAUAUUCUUCGAAUGUACGUAUAUGAGAACGUGAAUGUUUCGAUCUCCGGAGAAACUGUGGUGAAUGCCAGUGACAUAGACGAAGGGCAGAACGCAGUGGUGAGGUACAGGAUCUUACAAGGCGCCAGAGGUAUCAUCAAAGUCGAACCAUACAGCGGCCAACUGUACAACAGGAUACACAUCGACUAUGAACGGGUUAAGAAGUUUCGCUUGAUCAUAGCUGCCUACUCCGGUACACUCUUCACAACAGUCCGUGUAUUCAUCCACGUCAUUGACCGCAAUGACAACGCUCCGGAAGUGCCAAACUUCGAGGUCUUCUACAACGGUCUUCCAGAUGCUAUCCUCUCAGGUACGGAGUUGGCGCGUAUUCCCGCUCGUGAUAUCGACAGCGAAGGAAAACUUCGUUUCGUCAUCCUAGGUGAUGCUGACGAACAGGCGACGGACAACCAAGUGACCGGGAAGAAUGAUCUGCUUCAAGUGGAUAGUUUGACCGGAACUCUGAGGUUCAAACCAAAGGUUCAUCGCCUUGAAGUCUCAGAGGAGAACCAGGGCAACACUGAGGUGACGGUUUUUGUCAGUGAUGGCGUUCAUGGCCGUACGGCAAGAUGUCGUUUGGAACUCACCAGUGUCUCAGAAGCAAUGAUAGCAAACAGCGUCAGUGUCCGGAUACCAGGUGUGACACAAGACGAGUUCCUUCAGUCUGGUGGUAUAGGUAAACUUCGCAUGGCGCUGAGCGAGCUAUUAGAUGCUCAUAAACUCAACAUAUUCAACAUCCGGGAGAUGACCGACGAUGGAGGACCCAUUGUUAAUAUAUCCUUUUCAGCACGCAACAUCGAGAACCGAUUCCUCUCACCUCGGCAAAUAGUAGACACAAUUUACUUCAAACGCGACCAGUUACAGCUUCUGUGCGGCCUCUUGGUUAUACCGGCCGAGGAUGACAGGUGUCUGUAUGAGACAUGCGGUGGGUAUCAGAGAUGUAUGAGCAGAAAAACGCAUACAGGAGGAUCGUCUGUGUCUUCAAGGAACAGUAAAAGUUCUGUGACAUUUCAUGGAAUCAAUCCAUCAGUGGUGCAAUGGUGUGAGUGUCCUGAUCCUCACACGAAUAACAACUGUUCAGAACCCCUCGACUUUUGCCACUCUAAACCCUGUACUAAUGGAGGAACCUGCGAGAGGACGGAUGACGGCUACGUCUGUAUUUGUCCACGGGGAUUCGCAGGGACCAACUGUGAAGUGGACUUUGAAAGAGGUCAAUGCUUCGAUGGAGCCUGCAAACAUCACGGUUUCUGUGAGAACCAAAGGAACGGAGGCUUCAAGUGCUACUGUCGCGUAGGUUUUGAUGGUGCGCGAUGUGAGAUGACAGCAAGGCAUUUUCCUUCCGGAGCUUACAUGGCUUUCCCGACCAUCACGCAUAGAUCAUAUAUGAUUCUGUCACUAAAUUUUUCAACCCUGCAAACAGACGGAAUGAUCAUGUAUAUUGGUCGUUAUUCUCAUCAACAUGACUUCCUAGCUCUCGAGAUCAUCGGGUCGCAAGUAGCCUUUUCCUUCGCUGUGGGUCGGCUGAUCAUGAGGGUGAUGGUCGGAGUACCUGGAGGUGUCAGUGAUGGUAACUGGCAUAUCAUCAAACUAGAGUACAGAGACAAGAUUGUAGAGGUACUCCUUGAUCAUUGUGCAACAGGAGGUGAGCCCUCUACGUCAGAAGAUGAAGAACUCAGUAAUGAUCCAUGCAUAGCGUUUGCUACACAAGCUGUCGAUGUAACAACAUGGUUUCUUGAUGUGAACACACCCCUAUUAGUAGGCAGCUUACCUACACAGCAACAGGAAACACGAAUACUAAACAAGGAUUUUGUCGGCUGUAUUAAAGAUGUUAUGAUUAAUAAUCGAAUGCUAGAUUUUGCAGAGAGUUUGUUCGACCACCACACGGAACCAGGGUGUCCAAUAUCAAGAUAUCGGUGAAAUUGGACAUUAGAUAUGAACAUGCUAUAGCACAUGCUUCAUGACAUAACACUCGCUUCAGAGUGAGCCGUGAUGGUCCGUUGCAACGGCUAAUCCUCUAUAACGUCAUCACUUUAUGCCAUCCUCAAUCCAGGAAUACCUGUACACUCUAAAAACAAGACAGGGUAAAUAUUUACUCGACAUUGGUUACUUAAAGAAGGCACACGCAUGCUUGCUUGGUAAUUUAAUUCUUCCAAUAUUGGGCAAAAUGCAUGUUUGAAGGGUAAAUUUCAACGCAAAAUUGCGUAAAAUUUACAAAAUAUUUGGUAUCUUUUUACCCCACAAACAUGCUUGUUCCCAUUUAACCCAAUACUGAGUGAACUUUUUUUUAGAGUGCAAGUGAUUAAAAUGUUCUGGAAUAUGUUAUUUGGUAGUAUAAUUCAGCUAAAUAGGUACAUAUCGCCUAACACAAGAACAUGUCACCAGUCGUGCUUAGAGUGAUGCAUAGCUUUAUGAAAAGCCACUGGCAUUCUGUAAUUGGUUUCAUAUUAGCAAUAUUAUGUGUAUAUAAUCACCAGGUUAUAUCGUUGUUUCGCAAGAAGCUUGGGGACAAUUCCUUGCACAUAAUUUCGUACUAAUGCGUAUUGUAAAUUGAGCAAUUUUAGUAAGGGGAAUUUUAAACAAAAGCACCCAAUCCUACCCAAUUUUGUUUAUGCGCUGCCCAGAUAGUUCUUAGCAGUAAUUUGGUGAAAUAGUUAGAAAAAACCCGAAGGUAAUACGAUAUUCAACUCUUAAUAGCCUAGGAAUUAAUAAAUAAAAAAAAAGUUGUAAACAAUGGGCGAGUUCUAGUAUUUGAAAAGGAAAGAAAUAGAAAAUGGUUAGAUGUGAUUGUGGUCCGAAUGGUUACAUUAUUUAUAUUGUGAAAUGCAAUUGUGGCACUUGGGUGAUUUCAGCUUAUUGAUGCUACAGCUACACCAACAAAACAGACUCCAGAACGAUCCAAGCUAUUACCUUAUUACCAAUGACAAACAAUCGGUCGGUUUGGAGUCGGUUUCGGUUGCAGUCACACCAACGAAACCGACUUCAAACCGAUCCAAGC